AUGUAUUUUUCUUUUAUUUUCCAGACAGUUUCCGUGGCUGUAUCUGUGCUGACUCUGAGUGCUAUCUCCAUCGAGAGAUGGUAUGCUAUUUGCCAUCCGCUCUCUUUCAAGAGUACCCCGUCACGGGCCCGCAACAUCAUCUUCUCGAUCUGGGUCUUUUCAGCUUGCGUCGCUGUACCAGACUUGAUCACUGCCCAACUAUACCACACCUUACCGGCGUACUACAACGACGUCCAGUUACUCUUGUCUUGCCGCCCAAGUUGGUCCGGAAGGUCUCAGUUCAUUUACCAGAUGUUCCUCUUAAUCGGUCUCUACUUCCUGCCGUUUUGUCUGAUGGCAUUUACCUACACAAUGAUCGCUUUGGUUCUAUGGCGUGAAGAUAUACCGGGAGUGAAUGAGACAAGCAGAGGUAACAUCUCCUUUCUUUCUUUCUUUCUUUCUUUCUUUCUUUCUUUCUUUCUUUCUUUCUUUCUUUUCUUUUCUUUUCCCUACUCAUUGUUUUUUUUUUGUUCUUUCUAG